UGUAUUAGUUUUCACCGUAGGUUUGGCUUGAAAAAAUUUUUUUUAGUUAUUGGAGGGUAAAGACAGUGAUUGAGUUGAAAAAGUAAAUCAAGUAUGGCAGUGGAAACUGAUAAUCGAGCCGAUAAUGGUGGGGGGAAAAAAGUUCUUCUGCCGGCCCGAUACCUGAUGGCUAUUACUGGGUCUAUGGGACUGGCCAUAGUUUAUGGGUUCAAAGUAAACCUUACCUUGGCCAUGGUGGCCAUGGUGAAUCAAACUUUCGUCGGAUCUCAGGGAAAUCAAACAAGAGAUGAUGGAAGCCAUUCUUCUGUGUGCGUUCACGAAGGAAGCGGAGGCAACGCGACCGAAAAUGACGGCCCCUUCCAAUGGGACAAAACGACACAGGGUCUCAUUUUGUCAUCCUACUUUUGGGGCUACUUGGUGUCACAACUUCCAGGGGGUCGGGUGGCUGAACUCUUCUCGGCAAGAUGGGUGAUGAAUGGAUCGGUAAUGUUGAACGCCGUGGCGUCCAUUUUGUCACCCAUGGCAGCGAAACUUCAUUAUUCCGUCCUCAUUUUGAUGCGUAUUGCUCAAGGUCUUGGAGGGGGUGUCACCUUUCCAGCGAUGCAUGUCAUGAUUGCUACGUGGGCACCGCCUAAUGAGAGAAGCAUUUUGUCUUCCAUCGUUUAUGCAGGGACAUCAUUAGGCACAGUAAUCUCAACAGCACUGUCCGGAGUACUUGCUCAACAUCUUGGUUGGGAAUCGGUGUUUUACGUGGAAGGAGCUUUAUCCUUAAUCUGGUGCGUCGGCUGGGCAUUUUUAGUUCAAGAUUCUCCGCAACAGCAAAAGAGGUUUAUUACACAGGAAGAAAAAGAUCUCAUUGCGAACUCACUGGGAAAAAGUCAAAGCAACGCAGAAAAUAUCCCGAAACCACCGGUUCCCAUAAUGCAGAUUUUGAAGUCGCCACCAUUUUGGGCUAUUUUAAUUGCACAUGUUUGUAGUAACUUUGGGUGGUACAUGUUGUUGAUCGAAUUACCGGUCUUCAUGAGCGAUAUUCUGCAAUUCAAGUUGAGUGAGAACGGUCUUCUUAGUGCAAUGCCAUACCUCUGCAUGUGGCUCUUCACAAUGACUCUGAGUAAAAUCCUUACAGUUAUGCAGGGCAAGAAAUGGAUCUCAGUUACUGUCGCGAGAAAAAUUGCCACGCUAAUUGCGUCAUUUGUUCCAAUGGUGUGUUUGAUCUGCGUAUCUUACGUUGGAUGCGAUCGAGGCUUGGCAGUGUUCUAUUUAACCGUCGGAGUAACUUGUAUAGGUGGAAUGUUUUGUGGUUUUCUUUCGAACCACGUUGACAUUGCACCAAACUUUGCUGGAACUUUGGUCGCAAUCACAAAUACUUUUGCUACAAUACCAGGACUAAUUGUUCCGGUAUUUGUAGGCUACGUGACUAAUGGAAAUAAAACCAUCGAAGCGUGGCGCAUCAUUUUCUUCGUUACUGUAGCGCUUUACAUAGUAGAAAUAUUGGCUUACACUAUCUUUGGAUCUGGUGUAGAACAGCCAUGGAAUAAGAUCGGCACCAGCAGACAUAAGCCACAGGAUCAAGCAGCUGUUCCUCUGAAACAACACGAAAAACCUUAAAUGGUAUAAUUUAUUCAGAAGAAUUGAUGUGGCAAAAUUGGGAUCCAAAGUGUGGACGUGGCUAAAGCAAGAUGGCGUCGCACUGGUCGAACAGCUGAUCGUCUCAGCUUCAGAUUUAGUUCAACUAAACUAAUAUAGAAAAACAGGAUAUUCCGUGAAAGCAGUUACAAUUUCAUUUCAUUACAGUGAAUUUGUAGAGAGUGAAUUAUACGUUAAGCCUCGACUUUUAUAAUUGAAUACGACCUGGUUAGCCUCUAUAGUACAUUUUCUACCGCAAGAUGACGUCGUCCGAUAUUUUGUAUCCCAAUAGCUAAAUUAUGUGUAGCUUAAGUACUGAGUUUGGCUUUAAUGUCUUCUUAAUGCCUUACGUACUAUUGUUUCUGACAACUUCAGUCACUUUUCCGAACUUCGGGAUAUGAUACUUCAGGCAAAUUGGAUGGAAUCAUUUCUGAUUCAAGAGAUGGAACAUUUUCUAUUUCGUCUUCUUUUUUCAAACGGAAUCAUCCAUCAUUUCCCGAAU